AUGGAUCCGGCCUUCUCGUUAGCGGACGAGCUCGAUCUGCAGCGGCAGCACGAUAACGAGGAGGGGGAGCUGCAGUUCCACCCUGGGCUCGACCAGUACGACCACUACGGCCAUGACUUUGCAUCCGGCUCGACACUUGAAGACGAGUUCGCGCACGCUGGGCCAUCGACAUCGCACUUUGGCGCAACCUCGUUGGAUUCCGAGCUGGAGGGUCUGCAUCUUCGCGGGCACGGAACGGACCUAGCCUCUGAGCUCGGCGGCGGCGGUGGAGGUGGCAGUCUAGCCGACGAACUUGACCCCUCCUUCACACCAGAGGCCAUGUCGCGGCAUGCCUCUUCAGCGUACGAAGACACCCAGCCUCUCGCGAUGGAGGUUUCGGCACCCACCCUGGUCGUUGCACCAUCCGAAGAAACGUUGGCGCAGACAGAAGGGUUCGUCUCCCAACUCUCCCUGCUCUCCGCAACGACUCCGGGUGGCGAGGGGGAUACGGCGCAGCUCGAGGCGGUGGCAACCCGAUAUUUGACGCUACUCUCGCAGUGUACGGCGGAGAGGGAGGCGCAGUUACGGGAGCUACGCGAGCUCGAACGACGUCUUGAUCGCGAUCUUCCCGCAUUCAGCCUGCCGAGCACAUCGAGCUUCACCUCGAUGCCAUCCACUUCAAGCUGGGCGUCCGACCUCUCCUCACCUCCCUCCGGUCAUCGCACAAGUGCUUCGAUAAGCACCAUCAGCAGCGAUAGCACCCUCACCCCGCCCCCGAGCACUGUCAACCUACCCCUCGUAGAGAGCGCAGCGUUCGCCCCGCUAUACACGGCAACCGGAAGUCUGGUGGGAAGUCUCACAACGAUUCACGAGCACACGCAGGUGACGCGAGCAACGAGCGCCGACGCAGCGCGCAAGCUCAAGACGGUGCGCGGACUGGUGGACAAGUGGAAGUCGGACGUGGAGAGUGUGGGCGAGAGCGAGGCGUGGAUUGCUUCGCAAACGGCCGAGCGCGGGAGAGGAGGGUCGUGGGUGAGGGAGCAGGUCGAUUGGUGUCGAGGGAGGAUCGAGGAGGUCGAGUGUCGAGCGAGGGUCCUACUCACACCAGUAUCCCUCGCUGGAUGA